AUGAGAGAGACUCUUGGUAUGAUAAACAUCUGGGCAACCGAGAAGAGGUUUUUGGAGGAUGAUCUUAUCGAACUGAUCAGGAUUGCCAGGAACGAAGAUUAUUACUCCCUCGCGAGAAGAGUCUAUUUUGACCACAUAACUAUCCCCUUGGUUGUCUCUCCAGAACGAGACAUGUACCUCCUGAUGCUGAGAGCGCGCCUGGAAACGUCCACCUGGUAUCUUUUGGAGUAUCACGGGUAUCAGGAUGAGCGCCGCGUCCAUGACUUGCCUGACGACGAUCGUCUUCGGAAGGAAAUCUAUUUCAAGAUUGUCCAAGAAACGACCAAGGAGCUGUUGCUGCGUGCUGAAUGGGAGUCGCUAAAUAUCAAUGGCGACGAGCGAUUCCACAUAUUCACGAUCAAGGGAGUCCGGGAGUUGGAAGGUCCCCUGCGUGUCGAGGCCGGGAAUGCUCGGGGCGUGGGCAGAGAUUGGCUAAGGAUAGAGAGUCUUGCAGUUGGUAACGGUGAAGCGUUGGAUACUCAUUUUGAGACCAUCGACGGGGGGUUAGAAAGCCAUAGGAUAUCACAGCAGGGGCUCAGAGCCAGAAUGCAAGGUUUAGUUACAUAA